AUGCUUAGCUGUCUGUUUCUGAUCGGAGUUCUUCAAUCUUUGGAGAGAAAUGGAUUGACUUAUGAACUUAAUUCUGACGGCAUUGCUACUUUCCAAAACUCAAGUCUUGAAGAAGUACAUCUUGAAAGAAAAUUUAUUUAUAAUGGUACAGAAUAUGAGCUUACAAUAAUAUCUCCUGUUCAAAAUUCUAUAAUAAAGGUACUUUGGAUUCCGUCUACAGUCAUAACAAUUAAUGAAAUCACAAAAUUAUCCAAUUUACAGCAAAUCCAAUUUAUUGAUCCUUCAAAAACGGAAAUUGGUUUUGUUGAUAUAGGAGAAAAAUGGUUUGAUGGAAGCACCAUCACUGGGAAAGUAACAAUACCAAAAACAGUCGAGAACAUUGGAAAUUAUUCAUUUAGGAAUACAAAAAUCGAAUCUUUGGUGUUCAAAAGUGAUGAUUAUAUAUCAAUAGGAAAAUAUGCGUUCUAUGGCUGCACAGAACUGAAAUCAAUAUCUAAUUUUCCUCAAAAUGCAAAUUUAAGAAGAAGUUGCUUUGAGAAUUGUAAGCAACUUAAUCUAAGAAAUAAAGAUUUACUCAAUUGCCAGUGGGACCAUAUAGGAGCAUAUGCAUUUAGGAAUUCUCCUCUCAAUAUAGAUUUUAUACGUUUACAUGUUGUGAGUAUUAAAGAAUUUGCAUUUGAAGGAUCAUCAAUCAAGAAACUUUUUGUAGAAUAUAAAAAUGAUGCUGAAAAUGGUAUUGAUGAAGGUGGUAUUGAUGAAGGUGGUGAUGAUGAAGGUGGUAUUGAUGAAGGUGGUGAUGAUGAAGGUGUCAUUGAUGAAGGUGGUGAUGAUGAAGGUGGUGAUGAUGAAUCAUGGGUGGAAUUAAUGUUCGAAGAAAAUUGUUUUGCAAACAUGCAGCCUCUGUACAAAGUUGAUUUGAUUGUACCUAACGAUUUCAGUUUUCAAAAACCUAUUUUCUUCGGUACAGAUAUUGGACAAUUAUAUAUCAAAACCAAAAAUAUUACAUCAUCAUCUAUAACAUUCAUUGGAUCUACUUUUCAAAACACCAAUUUUUUAAGUUCAAUUUCAGACUCUAAUUAUGUACAGAUUAUUAUUAUUUCUGAUAAUAUUAACUUUAUGCGAUCAUGUUUUUCAGGAACAACUGGCUUAAGAACAAUGUGCAUUCAAUCAUGUCUUAUAAAAAUAGAUGAAUAUGCAUUUUUUAAUUCUUCAAUUCAGAGAUUUGAAGUUGCACAAUUGAUGAAAAUGGAAUUUGAAGAAGAUAGUUCAGGCGAUGAUGAAAAUAAAAUACUAAUAGAUGAUGAAAGUGAAAGAUUAAGCGAUGAUGAAGGAAGCAGAGUAGAUGAAGAAUCUGAUGAAGAUUAUCAACCUUACAUUGGUAUUCAACACGAAAAAAGUCAAGUAGUUGUUGAUAAUUAUAAUAAAGCAUUGAACUCUGGACAAAUCGAUUAUAUAGCGAAAUAUGCUUUUUCAGAAUCAAAAUUAGAGGAAAUUGUUUUUAAAUUAAAGAAUUAUUCCAUUAAUAAUAUCAAAAAAGGAGGUUUCAAAAAUUGCAAAUAUCUCAAAAGAAUACCAGCAAUUUUUGGAACAAUAUUCCCAUUUGCUAUAUCAGGAGCAGAUAUAAACACUAUUACAUUGCAAGCAAAGAAGAUUUCAACCAAUGCUAUCACUUAUUGUAAAUCCCUAAAAGUAAUUAUAAUAGAAAAAACUGUUGAAGAUCUUGGCCCUAAAUUCUUUGAUUUCUGUGAUAAUGUUGAAACAUUAAUAUUUGCCGAUGGUGAUCAACUUCUUGAAAUCAAAGAGGCAUCAUUCCAGUUAUAUAAAUUUAUUAAUGUUAACUUCGGAAAUAGAGUUUCAGUUAUAGGUGCUUAUGCAUUUAUGCAAUCAAGUAUCUCUGGAACAUUAGAAUUACCUGCCGGCCUCAAAGUCAUCAAAGAAAGAGCAUUCGAGAGCUGUAAAAAUUUAGAUGGGAUGCUUAUUUUUGAUAAAUGUAAUAAGCUUGAAUACCUUGGAUCAGGUUGUUUCCAAGCAUGCUCUGGUUUUAUAGGACAGCUUAAAUUACCUGAAAGUGUCACCUAUAUCGGGCCAAAUUGCUUCGCAGAAUGUAAAUUCUGUGGAGACAUUAUUAUUCCUGAUAAAGUUGUUAACAUUAACCAUAACUGUUUCUAUAAAUGCCAGGAUUUCUCUGGAUACAUUAAGAUAGGAAAGUCAGUUAAAUAUAUAGGAAAAUACGCUUUUGCUGAAUGCUCUGGAAUAUCAAGUAUCAUUGAGUUCGAUAACAUGGAUGUUGAUAACAUCACCAUUGAUUCUUUUGCAUUUUAUGGAUGUAAUUCUAUAUCAGGAUCAUUAAUUCUUCCAAAUUCCGUUGUUUAUAUCGGAGAAGCUGCUUUCUAUGGAUGUUCUGAUCUUUCUAAUGAACUCAUUUUACCCUCUCAACUUAAAUACUUAGACAAAUACGCUUUUGCUUAUUGCAAAGGAUUCACAGGAUACAUCACUAUUCCGAAAUCAAUUGAAGUAAUCGGAGAACACUGUUUCCAAGGUUGUUAA